UAUUGGCCAUCUCAAAACACACGGUCGAACAGAACAGAACAGAUCUUGUUGGUCUCUCUCUGACCUGAGCGAGCUGCAGAAAGCUAGAGAGAGAAUAAAGCAUGGCGGCUUCAAAGCUCCAAGCGCUGUGGAAUCACCCGGCCGGUCCUAAAACCAUUCACUUUUGGGCUCCCACAUUUAAAUGGGGAAUUAGCAUAGCUAAUGUUGCUGACUUCGCCAAACCACCCGAAAACCUUUCAUAUCCUCAGCAAAUAGCGGUUGCGUGCACUGGAGUUGUUUGGUCACGUUAUAGCACUGUCAUAACUCCGAAGAACUGGAAUCUUUUUAGCGUGAACGUAGCAAUGGCAGGGACAGGCCUCUACCAACUCAGUCGUAAAAUACGGCAUGACUAUUUCUCCGAGAAAGAGGCAGCAGUUGCCGAAGAAUGAUGACGAAAAUUGUGCCAACCGCAUCUUGUCAUGGCUGCCAAGGCUCAUGUUGCCUCCUUCCCUUCUCUUUGUAUUGAAUUUGAUUUUUUACGCGCAAAUGUUUGAUUUGCCUUCCUCGAGGGAUUUGGACAAUAUUUGUAUUGAAUCUGAUAUCUUACGGGCAAAUGUACGAUUUGCCUUCAUGGAGGGAUUUGGACAGUUGAGUUUGAUGCGGUAAGGGGUAUUUGUACCUCUGUGGACAGUUGAACAGCCAAAAAUUCCCACCAAAUUCACUAAUAAAUGUUACCUCCAACUCUCUUCGACA